AUGUCCCAUCAGAACAACAAACGCUCCCGGACCACCUACGAAUCCGAUCACGCACACGCCCCCUAUGCGACGUUUGGCACGCCUCUCCCCGACGAGGCCGACACGCGCGAUGACGGCUCCUUUGUGCCCGUGUGGAAGCAGGAGGUGAGGGACGAGAGAGGGAGGAAGAGACUCCAUGGCGCAUUCACAGGCGGCUUCAGUGCUGGGUACUUUAACACGGUCGGCUCCAAGGAAGGAUGGGCGCCCUCCACCUUUGUGUCCAGUCGCUCGAACCGUCGCAAGGACGAUGCGAAGCAACGGCGGCCCGAGGACUACAUGGAUGAUGAGGAUCUCGCGGACGCGGCCGAGGCACAAAAGUUGCAGAACUCCGAGGCUUUUGCCGGGCUGGGAUCCUCUACGCAAGCCCAGGAUGGUAGCGGCUUGAAUGGCCUGCUUCGACCUCAAGGCGACACGAUGGGUUUCAAGCUCUUGCGAAAGAUGGGCUGGAAGGAUGGUCAAGGCAUUGGGCCCAAGGUGCGCAGGGGAGCGCGUCUUGAUCUGAAGGAAGACGGCAACGGCGAAUUGUAUGCUUUUGCGCCCGACGAUGUACCCAUGAUUCAAUUUAUCCGGAAAACGGAUCGGAAAGGACUCGGCCACGUUGGGGAGACAAAACUUCGUUCCUCAAGUACCACCCCUCACAACGGGACGGAGGACGCCGAUGAAGAGCCCAGAAGUAGAUUUUCCCUGCUUUCAGGUCCCAAGAAGAAGACGAAACCUGCCAAGGGGGGCAUCGGCAUGGGCAUUCUCAACUACAAUGGCUCUGAUGAGGAAGACCCGUACGAGAUGGGGCCGAAGAUAUCAUACAACAGGACUAUUGGGGGGGACAAGAAGAAGAAGAAAGCAAAGACAGCGACGGCCGUCAAUCCGUCACUGAACAGCGCGCCUGUCUUUCUACCGCGGACGGCCAGAGCCGGCAACAGCCUGCAGCGGUGCCACGAUGGACGGUUGCCCCUGGAUGGCUUCGUGCUAGCCAAGAUGACCACAGACUUUGCCAAUCUAUUGUCACGGUAUGCGCCACCCGAGGUUCCGUCCGGAUGGGUGUCCAAAAAACAGCGAGACCAGCACGCGUCGGUUCCCUCGAGCCACGUAUCAGCAUCAGACGCAGCCAAGGCUUCCACACUCGAUGCGUCAGCGCGAGCAGCUCUCCUCGGCGAGAAGAUGCUGCCCGGGAAAUCAGUCUUUGACUUUAUGUCGCAGGCGAAUCGGGACAAGCUGGCUGCGGCGACGGGCAGGGCAGACCUCCCGCAAGGGCGUGGCGAGGUGCCGGAAGAGUUUCGACUGUCCGAGGACGAGAAGCAGCAGAGACUGUGGCAGCAGGUCCCCAAGCUGGACCAGGAGACGGCCCUGGCUGCAUUGGCGAGAAGCUCCAGCGGACCGUAUGCUGACGACGAGGCUAAAAGGGCUCGCUACAGGGGGUAUCUGGAAUGCCUCGCCAACUCUGCGCAACGACCGCCGCCCAAACCAGCAGGCAUGUCCGAUGCAGACUAUAUACGGGAGAUGAACGACUUUUACAACUGCGCCCGCAUCUUCAAGCCGAUGACGGGAUUCAUGGCGUCGCGCUUCACCACAUCCAAGACAUUACCGGGCUCGUCCGGGGCAGGGAGCGACGAUGCAGAGCUCGUCUCGAGACCGGAGCCCAAGGCGACAGAUCCGGCGGAGGAGGCAGCCAAGAUGGGCAUGUACGGGCAGAUGACGAGGUCGAUUGCCGACUUUCACCCCACGAGGUUGUUGUGUAAGCGCUUCAACGUGAAGCCCCCGGCCAACAGUGCGGAGCAGGAAGUAGACCCAGGAGCGGACGCUCAGAUGCCGGCGCGGACGUCCAACUCUGAUAGAGAGGCUCGAGCAGAACACGUGGACAUGCAGAAAGGGCUUCCAGCUCCUGUGCCAUCCAUUGCGCAGGCCGAGUCUGGGCAGAGGGAGAGCGUACCGGAUCCAGAGGAGAACAAGGCGAUUGAGGGCGGAUCUGCGCAUGCUGAAGUGUUAAAGGCCAUCUUUGGCGACAGCGACAGCGACAACCACCGCGCAUCCAACGACAACACCACCGUCCUCCAAAACCGCGAACGCUCGCCUCCGCCGCAGUAUCCCGCCUUCGAGGCACCCUCUUCCCCACGGCCCCCGCCGUUUUCGUCGCUCUUUACCUCACCGCCACCGUCCGGCCAGCAGCGCUGCGUCGGCAAGUACGCCUCUGUCGCCGCCGCCGAAGCCUCAACCUCCUCGGACGGCGAAACCACCGCUGGAUCCUCCUGCGCACCCGCCUACACCCCGCUAGAGCGUGCCCCCUUUGAGCCGCCCGCCUUUCAGCACGACCCCGUCGCCGAGACCAAGCAGAGUCUCCCGCGCGACAACAAGGCCGAGUCCUCCAGCAAGGACGACGCAGAGCCGCCGCCUGCCUACGAGGAGGAGUGCAGUCCGCCGCUCAACUCAUUCACAUUCGUCAUGGCUGCCGCCGGAGGUGCCGCGAGCAUCAUCACCCAGGUGCAGCAGGGUGGGCCGCCCGUCAACGCGAUUGGCGAUGUCGGCGCCGACGAGACCAUUGCCAUGGACCUCAGGGGGACGCGCUUCGUGCUGUCUAGGGACGAGCUGUUGACACUGCCCGAGUUUGUCCUGCUGUCAUUGUUCCCCAAUGGCCUCUUCCCCGAAGGCCACAUGGGUGGGCUAUCGGAAGGGGAUGCCGUGCAAGUUGAUUAUGACCCCGCUUCACUGCAGUACAUGCUUGACUUCUUCCGCAACGUGGCCCAGACGAUGCCGUCCGAGGGCUCGCCCGGCACGUCCCAGGAUGGCGAUGUCAUCCCGCUCGAGCCCAUGGGCCUGCGCGACGACUCCAAGCGAGCCGGCAUCAUAGUGCUGCGCGAGGACUUGGACUUUUACGCCAUCCCGCCCAGGCAGGACAUUACCCAGCACGAGAUGCUGGCCGUCAAGCGGGCGGCCGCCAGGGCGCUGCAGCAGCAGGAUGGCAUCUUCUCUGGGCUGAAGAGGAGCGACGAGCCCGGGACCACAGAGGCCCAUCUUAUUGAGAUGCUGACGGCGGGAGGCUUCGAUCGGGAGGACCGCUGGGGCCACCGCGCCGGCGAGCCCAACAAGGCCGUCAUCUGCAGCCUGGCGCUGGCGCGGCUGCGCAGCGACAUUCGGGGCAACGACGCGGGCGGCAACGCCGUCGGCAUGGCCCAGAAGCUGCUCCUGUUCUGGCGCAAGCCUGCGCGCCGAUGCUGGUGGGAGGGCAUUGAGCUGGAGAAUAUCGAGGGCGUCGACGGCCCGCUGAAGGUGUGGAUUCGACGUGUGUGGACGUUGGAGAUGAGUGUCAUCGGGUUGAGGUGAUGCUUUAUACUUUGCGCUUGGUGCUAUUUGUUGGUUUCUGUCGUGCUGGCUGGCGGGCGU